AUGGCUGAAGAAACGAAGGACGAAGGCCGCACCAGACGCCGUAGACGCAGCGUCUCCAAGGCGACGCGCUGGGCGGACUGGACGUGCGCGGCGCCGGAUGGGGAACACCUGGCCACAUUGCGGAGCAUCGACGACGCCCGCCACGAAAGACUCGGCGAGCUGCACGGCCCCGACCAGGACGCGUUCUUCGCGCGCGCGUCGGACCGGGAGAUGCUGCGCAUGGUGGGCUGGGCCGGCGACGCGACGCGCUUCGAUAGGGAACUGCGGGGCGAGGGGCCGGCGUGCGCGCUCGGGUCGGCCUACUACUGCGACCCCGGGCGCGAGGGCGCGCGCCCGGACGCCUGUUAUAUGGGCGGGCCGCUGCCCAACGCCCAGGAUUUAAAUGAGAGGCAGGCGAAGCCGCCGCCGCGCGUGCCCGGGUUCCUCGAGGCGACGCGCGAGGCCCGGGACUUGCUGAGGCUGGGGGACGAGGGCGCCGUGGACCUCGACGGGACCUUCUCGUCGGAAAUUGCCGCGCGGCCGCCGCCGCUGCCGGCCGGCGUCCUCGCGCCCGUGCCCAAGCGGCGGGAGAUGUCCGACUUCGGCAUGAUCGAGCGCUUCGAGAAGACGUACCCGCAGGAGAAGCCUCCCUUACCUUCUGGUCCUGACUGGGCGCGGAACGACCGCGGGGGUUGGACGUGGAAGGGGCGAGCGAUCGGGGUGCAGUAG